GGGCCUCGAUCAUGUAGCCGACUACAUGUAACCUAAAAUGAAAGAGAGUUGCUGGUAGCUAGGGAAGGGGGGGCCAUGGACCAUGAUUUAUUAAAGCUCAGGAUGCUGGCAGCCAGGACUGGAAACUAGCAGGUCCGGCCAGAUGGAAACGCCCAACUGACACGUCAUCAAGCAGGGUCGGGGGAGACCCCAGGUCAAGGUUCCCGCUACAGAGGUAGAAAACACGUGCACUGCGCGCGCAGAGGCGAGGUGAACAAGCGGAAUGCAAUGACCGGCGAGGGAAGAUGAGGAAUGGCUUUUCCAGUCCUUUCAACGAAUUCUCGCCGGACAUAAUCGGCUGUUCAGGGCCUACAUGGACUACAGAGACUCUGCUUCAAAAAACGAAAAAGGCCAGCGUAGCAGGGCGGACCUCGGAGGGGAAGGACCUCACUCAGGCACUUCCGCCCUUUUCUAAGAUGGCGCAGGCGGAAGGAGCCUAUCAUCGCCCGCUGGCGACGUCGCGGUUGGAGUUGAACCUGGUACGGCUGCUUUGUCGCUGUGAGUCGAUGGCGGCAGAAAAACGAGAACCGGACGAGUGGCGACUGGAGAAGUAUGUGGGUGCCCUGGAAGACAUGCUGCAGGCCCUGAAAGUUCAAGCAAGUAAACCGGCCUCAGAAGUGAUCAGCGAGUACUCCCGCAAAGUGGACUUUCUGAAGGGCAUGCUGCAGGCCGAGAAGUUGACCUCCUCCUCUGAAAAAGCUCUAGCUAACCAGUUCCUGGCUCCUGGCCGCGUGCCCACCACAGCCAAGGAGCGGGUGCCUGCCACCAAGACUGUACAUUUGCAGUCUAGGGCACGUUACACCAGUGAGAUGCGGAGUGAGCUGUUGGGCAUGGAACCAUCUGGAGAAUGUGAGGUGGACAUGAGGAAACGAGCCAGUGCGAAGGGGUCCAGACCUGCAGAUGAGAGGCAGUCAGCAUCCGAGCUAGACCUCGUCCUCCAGAGGCACCAGGGCCUCCAGGAAAAGCUGGCUGAGGAGAUGCUAGGCCUGGCCCGCAGCCUCAAGACCAACACACUGGCUGCCCAGAGUGUCAUCAAGAAGGACAAUCAGACCCUGUCACAUUCACUCAAGAUGGCAGACCAGAACCUGGAGAAGCUGAAGCUGGAGUCGGAGAGAUUGGAGCAGCAUGCACAGAAGUCAGUGAACUGGCUGCUGUGGGCCAUGCUCAUUGUCGUGUGCUUCGUGUUCAUCAGCAUGAUCCUGUUUAUCCGAAUCAUGCCCAGGCUGAAAUAAAACAAGAAAGCCUGCACACCAA